AUGUCCAACAGCAGCUCCAUCAGGCACUUCCUCCUGCUGGCAUUGGCAGACACGCGGCAGCUGCAGCUCCUGCACUUCUGCCUCUUCCUGGGCAUCUCCCUGGCUGCCCUCCUGGCCAACGGCCUCAUCAUCAGCGCCGUAGCCUGCGGCCACCACCUGCACACCCCCAUGUUCUUCUUCCUGCUCAACCUGGCCCUCACUGACCUGGGCUCCAUCUGCACCACUGUCCCCAAAGCCAUGCACAAUUCCCUCUGGGACACCAACAACAUCUCCUACUCUGCAUGUGCUGCUCAGCUGCACUACGGGACCCUCCUGGGCAGCAGAGCUUGUGCCCACAUGGCAGCAGCUGCCUGGGCCAGUGCCUUUCUCUAUUCCCUGCUGCACACAGCCAAUACAUUUUCCCUGCCCCUGUGCCAGGGCAAUGCCCUGGGCCAGUUCUUCUGUGAAAUCCCACAGAUCCUCAAACUCUCCUGCUCACACUCCUACCUCAGGGAACUUGCGCUUCUUGCAGUUAGUGCCUGUUUGGUAUUUGGUUGUUUUGUGUUCAUUGUUUUCUCCUAUGUGCAGAUCUUCAGGGCUGUGCUGAGGAUCCCCUCUGAGCAGGGAAGGCACAAAGCCUUUUCCACCUGUCUCCCUCACCUGGCUGUGGUGUCUCUGUUUAUCACCACUGGCACAUUUACCUACCUGAAGCCCCCCUCCAUCUCCUCCCCAUCCCUGGAUCUGGCCCUGUCAGUUCUGUACUCAGUGGUGCCUCCAGAAUUCAGUGCCCCAGAGCUCAUGAGCAUUCAGAAAACCUUAAAAAGCCAUGACGAUAUGAACAUCAAGACCCUUUAUGGCUGA